GUCUCGACACAGAGCCCGGCAUCUCUUUGCUGCUUGCUUGCUUGCUUGCUUGCUUGCUGCAUCGCUGAGGCGAUUGAGUCCUUGUCACGCUUUUCUUCUGCCCUUCCACCACCCCUGCGCCCUCGCUUCCUCAGCGCUGCAGAGCCCUUUGUGGUGAUUCCCUUUCCUUCUUCUUCUCUCUUCGUUUCUCUCUUCUCUCUUCUCCCUCCGCUUGCUUUCAGUUUGCGCUUCUGGCGUUUUCUGUUUUUCUGACUUUCCUCGGCGGUUUUUCUUCAUGGCAGCCGAGAGGUGAAUCCAGGUUGUACUUGAGCAGGAUCUUGCAUUGCGCCGGCUGUCCAGCGGAGACGUAUCGCAGCUUUGACCACGCCCAGCCAAUACUCAACUCCCGUUACCCGCUUGCUGGCAGCCCGAACUGGUGCUUCUGGAGCAUAUGCUGCCCGAUGGCCUUCUGGGUGGUUGGCGGGGGAAAUCCGCUUGGUGACGCUGCCUCAUCUAGUCGAGGUCAGGUGGCGGCUUACAUCAAGGGCGAGGCCCUGGGGUCCAAUGGCAAGCGGAGGAUCUUUGCAGAUGGCAGCGCGUCUGCCUGCAGCGAGGCGGGCUGCUACGGCAUCACCAAGAGGCCGCGGCUGGACGACUGGGGGCGCGUCAUUGGCUUCCACGGCAAGGGCCAUCAUGCGGCCGGCUGCGAGCACGAGCGUUCCGGCCUUGUGAGCCCUGCUGCCGCCGCUGCCGAGGCCGAGGCCGCCUCGAUCCACGUCAAGAACCUCGCCUUUCUCGUCAUCCGCGAGCGGGAGCCCUCUCCGCCUGCGACGCCGCCCCCACAGAAGGGCCUGUCUCCGGACCUCCGCCCCGGGUUCCAUGGCCUCGCCCCGUCCUAUGCCCCGGCCCCGAUGGAACGCACCCAAUCGGGCCUCUCCAUCUCGUCCGACACGUCUGCCGUCGACGCCCGCGACAGUGACCUCGAGCCGCUGCUGAGUGAUCUCGCCGCGGCCCGGCUGGUGCGGCGACAUGUGGCCAACAACUGUCGAUGGAAGCACCGCGACUCGCAGCACGGCCGCAUCCUCAAGGCCCUCAUCAACCCCAAGUCGCGAGAGGCCGACUUCCCCCUCGACAACGACGCCCUCCGCAGCAUCUUCUCGGCCGCCAACGAGCUCUUCUUCGCCAACAAGCUGACGCAGAGGGUCACCUGGGACUGGAGCCACCCGGCCAGCGCGCAGUACGAGAGCCACAUUGUCGGCACCACGGCCCUGCGCCGGAGUGUUCGUCUGGGCGGCUAUGAGACGCUCAUUGUGCUGUCGUCACCCAUUCUCAAGGACACAAAGUACAACCGCCGGCUUCUCAUCUCCACGUUCUUGCACGAGAUGAUCCACAGCUUUCUCUUCAUCACGUGUGGCAUCAAGGCUCGAUACCAAGGUGGCCAUACGGAAGGCUUUCGGCAGAUUGCCGAGAUCAUCGAUGACUGGGUUGGGGCUGAGCACCUUCGGCUGCGGGACAUGGAGGCCGAUCUCGAGCGCUUCAUCGAUGACGACGGGCCUCCUUCCACGGCUAUUCGAGCUUCUAUAGAGGGCGGGUUUUCCCAUUCGAACCAUUAUUACUACGGCAGCAAUGGCAAUGGCAAUGGCAAUGGCAACAACCACAUCCACCACAGCCAUAGCCACAACCCUCGCACGACAUGGCCCAUCUCCGAGUGGCAGCACGCUGAGAACCACGACUAUCGACUCAUUGAAGCGCCGCAGCCCUACACACGAUAUCCGAGCAACUACGAUGAGUGGGAGUGGCAUGACAGGGAGGGCUUCCCAGCUCAAACCGCCCACUUAUAUCAUCAUUAA